CGAAUUAAAUACUAGUAAGUGUCAUGUAAAUUAAAAGAAAAAAAACAGUACGUAGAAAUUGCCGAGUAUCUACCCAAGCCAUUUAGGUGACGUGAAGAGGGGAGACCACUCGUGAAGUAUGUCAUCUACCCGACAAUAAAGGAGAGAUCACUUCGUGAAAAUUGUAAUGACGUGCCUUUAAUUACGUACCAACGUUUAUGACGUCAUUACGUUAACAACCAAAUCAUUUAGCGACGCCAAUUUGACAAGAUCUGCAGCUUAAUUCAGCUGUCAUCCUUUAUUACUUGUAAGAAAAAAUAUAAGAAUGGACACUGUAUAUCAGCCUUCAUAUAUCUUUUCGCAGAACGGAACUCUGAUAACCAAUCGGUUUGUUGAGUUUCGGAAGCUGUGUGAAUUAUUUGCUGAUGAAAUUAUAAAAGGACGAGAUCCUUCAGCAAUGAUAUUAACCAAGAUCACAAAAUUCCCGCCUCUUAGAUAUGUUCCUCUGUUGAACGAGGCUUUUGAUCUACUGAAAGAUUCUGCGUUUGAAUAUUAUAUAUCUCGUGAGAAGGGUAAUUUAGAUUAUUGGCCUGAAGAUGACCCACAAAAUGACGAAGGUGAUUCAAAGAGUUCAAGCCCUUCAACUGAUAGGUUGAGAAGAACAAGACAGACAUAUAAUACUUAA